UGGAGACCCACCUGUAUCUUGGUCGCUCUUCUGAUAUCGAUUCUCGACCCUGUGAUGCGCUAACAAACACUCAGCCCUCUCAGCCCUCCCCAACCUGGAAACGAGCACUCUUAUUGAGUAAGAGAAAACUGAUCAAUGGAUGUUUCUACCCUGUCCGAUGACACGGUGAGCGGAUUGGCGAAGCAUCACCGAGUCGCAUUUGUCAGCAAUGCUCAGCAUGGGUUUCUCUCUGUAUGACAUUGCAUCUCGCUCUCCGCUGGCACCUCUCUUCGAUACUUGUCUCUGCUCUCUGUAUUUAAGACCAGGGCGCAGAACCGUUCUGACCAUUCGAUCUCCUGCUCCCUCAUGGCCUGCUACUUCGACCAUUGUCUUGAAUCCUGACCGAGCAUCCCGUGUUUUCUUGACCUUCUCAGACCCCCGUAACCAUGUCGCCCACAAUCGUACUCAUUACAGGUGCGAAUCGCGGCAUCGGCCGUGGUCUCCUCGAGCUAUACCUCGCUCGAGCCGACCACACGGUCAUCGCUACUGUCCGCAACCCAAACCACCCUACCGCCAAGGAGCUCGCCGCGCUUCCGAGGGCCGAGGAUACUUCGCUAGUCGUCGUCAAGCUCGAUCUCACGGUCUCCUCCGAUCCUGCUGCGGCAGCUCAAGAGCUGUCCGCCAAGCACGGCAUUGACCACAUUGACAUUCUCGUCGCGAACGCGGCCAUCGCGUUGAAGUGGCCCAAGGUGUCGGAGGUGACGCCACAAGACAUCCAGCAGCAUGUCGAUGUGAACGUCCAUGGCUUUGUUCUGCUGUUCCAGGCCUUCCAGUCCAUGCUGCAGAAGGCGAAGGACCCGAAAUGGGUUACCGUGGGCUCGUCCGCAGCUUUUCUUACGCCUCCUCAUUCUCACAACAGAAAUUUCCUCCCCAUGCGGAACGCGGCGUAUGGGCCCACCAAGCUGGUGCAGCACUGGCUUACCAAGGCAAUCCACACCGAAGAGCCAUGGCUCAUCGCGUUCCCAAUCGACCCUGGCUGGGUGCAGACAGACAUCGGCGAUCGCGCAGCCCACGCAUUUGGGUUUGACCACGCCGCUAUCACGGUGGACGAGAGCGUCAACGGAGUCUUGAAGGUCAUUGAUGCGGCGACCAGGGAGACGCACAGUGGCAGGCUCUGGGCGUAUACGGGCAACGAGGUGCCGUGGUAA